ACCAUCAAGCAAAAAACAAUAGAAACAAUAUAUUUAUAUUUUUUCACAUUCCCCGUAUCGUGUGUGAAUAACAAAAUGUUUCACCCACGAAUUAACGAUGACUUUAUCUUAGGAGUGAAACAAGAGCCCGAACUAGAUCUGAAUGAUGAUGAGCCACUGUCGGAACAAUUUGAUGUGCAAGAGGAGGAGGCUUCCGAAUCGGUGGAUUCUCUGGCCAACUCACAUGGUGUCAGUUCUAAUCUGUUGGGCGAUAUAAAAGAGGAGCCCGAUUUAAAUUAUAAUAAACAAACGGAGGACUGCGAAGAGUCAGGAUUAUCUAAUUUCGAGGAGUUUCAAAUAACUUUUCUACCCGAAGAGGAAGAUGGUGUAUUUAAGUGCACUCAAUGCCCCACGGAAUACUUGAAACGAAGCAUCUUCUUAAACCAUUUAAAGACUCAUGAAUAUGCUAAUGUUAAGUGUCCUUAUUGCCCAAGGACUUUCGUUUUUGCUGUCUACAUGGAAAAGCAUAUUCGACAUUUUCAUAAAGAAGAUGUUGAUUGUCUGAAAGAUGGUGAAUGGAAAAAAAUGUUUGCAAAACACGAAGGAUCUUGGCAUCGGAGUAACAAAAUAAAAGAAGUAGAAAAAGAAAUCUUUAAAUGCUUCGAGUGUGGUCGAACAUUUGUCAAAAAGUUCGCUUUUUUAAAACACAUGCAAGGACACAAAUACAAAUGUACUGACUGCUCAAUGGAAUUCAAAAAUAGCGACGAUUUUAAUUCUCAUAAGAAGACUCAUUUGGGCGUUAUUCGUUUUCAAUGCCGACAUUGCUCCAAAGGAUUUUUGAAAAAGGAUAGGUAUUUGACACACAUUCGCUUACACGCAAAAGAGACAACUGCCAAGUGCCCGAAUCAACCAAAGAUUCUGGAUUCUUCUAAGAACAGUAAAAGUCGCAGUACUUUUUGUCCUGAAGCAGUACAGUAUAGUGAUAGCGAGGAUAAUGAAAGUGAUGGGCAGGAUCCACUUUCACUGGCCAACCCUUUGCGGCGUGUAAAAAACAAAUCGAAAAAUAAAUUAUUAUGCCCGCAUUGCCCCAUGACCUAUAAAUACAAACUGAGCUUGGAAAAACACAUUGAGACACAUCAGCCAAGUUCAGAUAAAAAUGUUUGUGUUCGAUCGAAAAAGAGUUCUUACUCGUGUCCGUAUUGUCCAUUGACGUAUAAGUACAAACCGAGCCUGGAGAAACACAUUGCCACACAUAGGCCAAGUGCAAAGGAUUUAGAUAGUCAUAAGCCAACUAACAUUGAUGAUAAACGAUUCUGGUGCCCUAAAUGCCCUAGAAUAUUUUCAAAGAAAAAUAAAUAUUUGGCACACUUACGAUGGCACGGGGGAGAGCAAAAUAUCAAGUGUCCUCAUUGUCCAAAGAUGUUUCUUUCUACCAAGAGUUUAGAAUUGCACACUCGAUUUCAUAAUGUUUAAGAUUAAUUGGGAUAAAGACAGGAACGAUUUCCUUUGAUAUUGGAAUUGAUUUUCAAGCUCUUUGUUAUUAAAUAAAAUAAAUAAUAUUUUAAUAAAACUCGC